GGAAACAAAUGGCCAAACCAGGACGCUGGAGAAUGUUUUCUUCACACACUGUACAUCAGAGCAGACCAUCGUCUUUGAAUAUCGUAAAUUAGAGACCACACACCAGAAGGGAAAAUAACCCACUUGUGGUGUUCUGAGGAGAUGCAAAGGAUACAAAAUUUGCUGCACUGGAUUUUGCUAUUGAACAAGGUAGACAUUUCGAUGUGGAUCUAUGCUGACAAGUGUUUUCUUUCCUGGUGUCAACAGCAGCAAAGGAACAUUUGAGGCAGAGACAGCCCGGGACUACACAAUAAAUCUUCCUGAGAGUGAGCAUAUACCCCAACUGCGUGAACCAAGUACCUGGGUCUUGCCCUCCCAGCAGCAGAAGAGUCUGUUGCUCUUCCUGAAGGGUCAGCCCCAGGUCCUAGGGGUGGCUGAGAUCCUGAUUGGGCUGGUAAUGCUGUGCCUGGGCGUGACAAUCAGUCCUUUUCCACGUGACUAUGAAGGUGGACACUCCAUGACCACUAAAAUGGGCUAUCACCUGUGGGGAUCCCUCUCUUUCUUCAUAUCUGGAGUGGUGUCCAUCGCCGCUGGAAGAAAGGUAACCAAGUGUCUGAUCCAAGGCAGCCUGGGGAUGAACACGCUCAGUGCUACCGUAGCAGGCAUUGGCACAAGUAUGAUAAUUGCUGAAGAAAUAUACAUGUAUGAAAGCGCCAUGUGGAGGUCUCCCUAUGAAACUGUAUUUACGGGGCUGCUGACGGGGAUGCUGCUCCUCUCCCUGGGGGGAGGCUGCACCGCCUUGGCCCUUGCUGUCUCUGCCUGUAGGGCCGCCUGCUCCGUCAGCAAGGUGGUGGUUUUCUUACCAAACGAUGACGGCAGCCCCUCAGAAGUGUCUCUGGAACACGUGUACGAUGAGGUCACGUUCCAGUAGACCCCGGUGGUUGGGUAUUUCCAGUCGGUUUGACCUGUGUGUUCUCCCUCGUUGGGCUGUUGACCACACACGGCUAACCCUGCGCGGGCACGCCCGUCUGACUGUCCUUAGGUUCCUAUACUUGUGGUUCAUAUGUGACAAAAC